GCAAAGAAGCCUCUUGCCUUUCAGGAGCAACCAGCGAAGACAUGCCUCACCUCCCAAGGAGCACCGCGGUUGCCGCAGCUGCCUUUCUUCUCACUCUUUUCCUCUUCACUGCGACUGAGACAGAAGGAUUCUCACUGGCUCGGAUGGGAGGUGAACUGCGGUGCCAGUGCAUAAACACGUAUUCCAAAUUCAUCCACCCCAGAAACAUCCAAGAUGUGACGCUGACUCCAAGUGGGCCCCACUGCAAGAACGUGGAAGUCAUUGCUACUCUUAAGGACGGUAGAGAAGUGUGUCUAGAGCCUACUGCUCCCUGGGUAAAGACGAUCGUCAAGGCCAUACUGGACAAGUGA